AUGUCUCAAACAAUCAAGACUGUCAGUAUUCCCAACAUUGCUUGGGAGACUGCUGCCGAUAUCCUUUUUCCGCCCAAUUUUGACAACAACAAAAAGUAUCCUGCGGUCGUGAGCGCUCAUCCUAUCGGUUCAUGCAAGGAGCAAACCUCGGGCAACGUCUACGGGAAAGCAUUAGCCGAAGCAGGCUUUGUGGUUGUCGCUUUUGACGCCUCCUUCCAAGGUGCCUCUGGUGGCCAGCCUCGCUUUAUUGAGGACCCAGAGUUCCGUGUCUCUGACUUCCGCUUCGUUGUCGACUACAUCCAGACGCUUCCUUAUGUCGACGCUGAUCGAAUUGGAGUUCUUGGCAUUUGCGGCGGAGGCGGCUAUGCCAUCAACGCAGCCAUGACGGAUUAUCGUUUCAAAUGCUGCGUUGGCAUCACGCCUGUCAACUUUGGCCGUCUCUCCCGCGAGGCGUUUGGCAAUUACGAUCCGGCUGACGCUCUCGAAAAGAUGGCUAAACAGCGUACUGUUGAAGCUCAAGGUGGUGAACGCCUUGUUAUCAACUUACUGCCACCAAGUGUAGAAGAAGCCAAGAAGACUACCACCGAUAUUGACGUCUGCGAAGCCACUGAAUACUACAAAACUGACCGCGGCCAAGCACCCAAUGGUUGCACCAGUGGCUUAUACUCGUUCAAUAGUGCUGCUCUUGCAUGGGACGCCUUCAACCAUGCGGAGGUACUCAUGACCCGGCCUCUAAUGGUCGUAACUGGCGACAAACCUGGUGGUUUCGGGGCAUACCGCGAUGCUCAAGAGGUCUACGGCCGGGCAGGUUCUAAGGAGAAGAAGAUAGUAGUAUUGCCUGGGGUUUCUCACUACAUGCUUUACGACAAACCCGAGGCUGUUGAUCCCGCGCUGGAACAAGCUAUUCCAUUCCUCAAGAAGCACCUUAUCGAAGGAAAUUAG